CAUCUCUUUUAAACAGCACUAACACACACAAAGUCUUUGUGUCUUUUACAAAGAACAUGCAUGUUCUUCUUCCUCACGCUAUAGACAUGUAGAGUAGCAUGGUCUUCAGAAAUCUCAUAGCGUCUACAGUGUUUUACUGGCUAAUAAUUUUGCUCUAGUUAUCUUUACUCUAGUUAUUUCGCAAUCCUGUUACACACAGCAGAAGACUUAAAAAAAAAAAACUCCUUCUGAGACAGACUGCUUCCUGAAAAUGACUGCGUUGCUCAGUCACCACAAUGUGAAUGUAGCUGACAUGGCGGUAUAGUGGUAUAGUGGUGUGGGUGUGAAGGACAAAUUUGUUGUCGGAGGAUUAAAUAAUUCUGUACAGAUAAAGCGCAGCACGCUACAGACACAGGAUCACAUUGCUCUGGGUGUCUGAAGAAGCUGGACCAAAAUGCAAACUAUCAAGUGUGUGGUGGUUGGCGAUGGAGCUGUGGGGAAGACCUGCCUACUAAUCUCUUACACCACCAACGCCUUUCCUAAAGAGUACAUCCCUACUGUGUUUGACAAUUACAGCUCAGAGAUCACAGUGCAGUCCAAACCCAUCAGUCUUAAUCUAUGGGACACAGCCGGUCAGGAAGCAUAUGACCGUCUCCGAACCAUUUCUUAUCCCCAGACCAACGUCUUCAUAAUCUGCUUCUCCAUCUCCAACAUGACCUCUUUUGAGAAUAUCAAGCUGAAGUGGUAUCCAGAGGUAUCGAAACAUUGUCCCAAUGUACCCAUCCUUUUAGUAGGAACCAAAAAAGAUCACAGGCAGGAUCCAGAACUUUUGCAGAAAUUAAAGGAACAGAAAAUGACUCCUGUCACUGAGCAACAGGGAAGAGCUCUAGCUCGAGAAAUCAGGGCUGUCAAGUACAUGGAGUGCUCAGCUCUCAACCAAGAUGGAGUGAAGGAAGUAUUCGAAGAGGCUGUCAAUGCCCAUCUGAACCCAAAGCCUAAGCGUGAAAAAUUCUGUGCAUUGUUAUAAAUACGCUGUACAGAAGAUCAUUGUAUAAAAAAGAAACCCUAAGGACUCAGUUAUUAGACUCUCUGGAACAUGGACUCCAAGAUAACCUUUGAAGUAUUUCCCAUUUAUUAAACUAACAUGAAUAAUUGUAUAAGGAAUUGAUGAGAACAAUUGAGUCAAAGAUUUCUCAUGUUUACAUUUGAAAGUUAAAUGGUUUUAACCUUCUAAUGUAGCUACUCUUGUGUGUCUCUUAUAUAAAAGUUUAAAAUAUAUAUUUAAAAAUA